AUGGAGCCCCCGGGCCGGCUGGUGGUCAUCCGACGGACGGGGACCGACGGCAGCCACUACCCCCUGUGCCAGGACAGCUGCCUGUUUGGGAGGUAUGAAAAUCAAAGUCUGUUCUUAGCCUUUAAAGUAGCUGUCCUCUUCUUGGAAUUUUCCUCUCAACAGAAAGCAGACACACCUUUCGUCUCCAGUGGUGGGACUUUUGGUGCUGGAGACGCAGGCACCAGUGACGGGGAAGGCAAGUCCCGCUCAGGUAGUUCUGGAGCCCAGCUUAUGGGGACAGAUGGACAGGGCAUCGAGUGUGACAUCCGCAUCCAGCUCCCCGUGGUGUCCCAGCAGCACUGCAGGAUUGAUGUCCAGCAGAGCGAGGCACUGCUCCUUAACUUCAGUUCCACUAACCCGACAAAGCUGAAUGGGGUCCCUGUCACCGAGCCGGUCAAGCUCAGGCAUGGAGAUAUCAUAACUAUUAUUGAUCGGUCUUUCAGAGCCGGGUCUGCUCCCACAGAGCUUUCCUGCCCGAGUGCUUUCCCAGAUGGAAAGAAAAAGUCCGACUACUCCUCCGAGGAAGCCCAGGAUGAGCCUCGGCUGCCAGGACAUCGGCUCGUCUCACCCAGGCGGCCUCGCUCAGGUCACGUCAGCUGCCAGUGCAUUUACCGCUUUCUCAUUGCCUUUCCUAUCUUUCCCUUCAUCAUCUCAGGCGAAAAGAAUGAAGAGUCAUUCAAGAGACGCAGGGUCUCCUUUGGUGGUCGCCUCAGACCUGAGCUCUUUGAUGAGAAUCUGCCCCCCAACACGCCUCUCAAGAAGGGAGAGAUUCCUGGAAAGCGGAAGUCUCUUGGGACCCCCGCACCAACCGUGCUGAAGAAGGUCACGCAGCAACCAGCCACCCGUGUGGGGAGGAGGAGCCACAAAGGAUCCUCCAGGAGGAAGUCUGUUGAUAAAAACACGCUGCAGAUCAUCUACCCCAAAAGGAGGAGUAGCACUUCCAGAGCCAGGCUGCCUGGUGGCAAGUCAUGGGCAGAGAUAGUAAAAAUGGGAACGAAAAAAACCCAGAUUAAAAAUGUAAAGCAAGACCCUCAAAGACACCUAAGUAAGAGACAAAGACGGAAUGCAACUCCGCAGAAGCCUGUGGAUCAUGUUGAAAAUCCCUUCAGCACAGGCCAUGCCAACUCUCCCUUCAGCACAGGCCAUGCCAACUCUCCCCGAACCAUAGUAAUAGGGCGAGCCCAUGUGGACAGAGUCAGCGUGCCUGCGCGUCCUUACCGAAUGUUAAACAACUUCAUUUUGAACCAGAAAGUGAACUUCCCUGAAGACUUCUCAGGACUGGCAGAAAUGUUCACAACUCCUGGGAAAGAAAAGCUGCAGAGAACCAGCCUGUGUCCUGAUGCUACCAAAAGUUCAGAGGCAGAGUUUGAAGACGCAGAGUUGGGGAAAAUGCCUGAGACUUCGGAUGGGCUGGAUAAAGUACUUCCAACCAGAAAAAAGGAAGAGAUUGAAGAUGUCUCUCAAAACUGCUCCGAAGAGAAGCCAGAACUGAGCACAAUGAUGGCAGCCGUGAAGAUGGGGCUGAGAGCACCCAGCCCAAGCUCAGAACUCGAGGACAACGUGCCAGGUGGUGUGGACCUGUGUGAGCUGAAUGACAGCAUGCCAACACCCAGACCACCUGAGGAGUCAGUGAUGCAGGAGGAUGUCUCACAGACAACACGGGCGACACCAAGACGCUUGCACAAGUUAACUCCAAGUCCACAAAUGUCCUCAAGACCAUGCCAGCUCCCUAAAGCUGGCCCAGAGUUUGUGCAUACACCCGAGGAGUCAGAUAAAGAAGUGGCAAGGGAGAUCCCAGAACCCAUAAAACCUACAGGCACGUCACAGAAGUCACCUUUCAAAAUAAAGCCCGAAAUAGUGGAAGCUGUGUCGCUGAACAUCUCACAAACACCACCUGCAGUCGUCAACCCAGAGUACCAGGCAGUUGACACCAAGCUCGAGACUGCUUCUGGGGAGACACAAGAGCCCCUCACAGACCGCAGAAUGCGUCAGAGACGCUCUCUCAAUAUGCCAGCCCCAGUGGAAGAGCCAACAGGUACAAAGACCCGAGGGAGAGCCCGGAAGCGGUCAUAUGAAUGGGAAGAAAAUCUGACGGGCCUUAAGUGGCUCAUGAAGACACCUGGAGGCCACCCAGAAGGAGAAGGAGAUCCAGGAAUCCUCAGUGCAGAACAGGAAAGCCACCCGCCUGAGAAAACAGAGUGUCCAAUGGCGGACCCUGUGCCACAACUGCCAUGCGACGUGGCCCCAACCACGUGUGACGAAGCGUCCGAGCCCGUGACUGAAAUGAAGACAGCGCAUGGCCGUCCAGAGGGGAAGCAGGCCCUCCGGAGCUCCCGGCGGAAAGCCGCAGAGGGUGAAGUCACAGAAGACGCUUUGAGAUCCAGGGGACAGAGUGAAAGUGCUGCAGAGGUGCUGGAAGCUGCUCGUUUGGCCAGCUCAGUCAAAGAUGAGAGGCCAGAGGGGAGUGAGCAGGGAGAGACCCCACCUGCACAGGAGGAGAAGGCAGCUCUGCGGGGCAGGAAGAGAGUGUGCACCGUCGAGCUACUUCCUGGCUCGACCCAUCUGUCCUCUGUGAAGGCAGAACAGCACGGUGCUUCAUCCAGCCCAGCAGCCAGCAAAGCCAUAAGCAAGGAAGAGAAAGCCAGGCCAGAGUCCUUGGAUGCAGUCUCCACCCAGAGGCCUGUCCCCCGAGCACUGAGAUCCAGACGAGGGCCUGGCCCCGGGCGUCCACCCAGCCCAUUAAGGACCCCCGAGGCCAACCCUGGAGAGACUGGGAGGACGCGGAGGAAGGGUCCUCGCGAAGAGCUGGAAAAGCAGGGACAAGAGGGAAGUGUGAAGAUGAGGCAGCGUCGUGGCAAAGAGCCACAGCACUCCCCGUCUCUGCCCGCCAUAUGCGAAGAAGACACCACAGACCAGGAUGUGGAUGAGGAGAGAAAGCUGCCUAGCCAUCCAGGCCCUGCUCAGGAAGGCAGAAGGCCGAGGUUGAGACACGGGACUGGGGUGCAUGCAGACCCAGAGGAUCACAUGAAUGGAGCCGCUGCCAGUGAAUCUAAACAUACAGAGGAAACCCCCACACAGAGACCUGUUGAGACCUGCCACCAGCAGACACUAGCAAUGGCCGAGGCAGUGCCCCAUCAGCGGCCCAGAAGGCGAGCCAGGGGGCCCGACAUCCCCUCCACGAAGCCAGAGGCCAAUCCUGAGUCUGGUGCAGGCCUGGUACCAGUCACCACCACCAGGACACAGAGGACCAACCCCGAGCCCAGCACAGAGAUGGCAUGCCUGUGA